UAUUUCUGCUGCUUGGUUUGUGACAACAGGAGGCUCAGUCUUACGCAGAUGACAACAGCCUACUUUUCAUGGAGACGUCAGCCAAAACAUCUAUGAAUGUGAAUGAGAUAUUUAUGGCUAUUGCAAAGAGAUUGCCGAAAAGUGAGCCUCAAGCUUCAGGAGGCACCAGUGGUCGAACCCGAGGAGUGGACCUGACAGAAACUGCCCAGCCAGCCAAGGCUCCAUGCUGCUCAAACUAACAUGAAGAACACACUUUCUAGACCUGUACACUAGUAACUAAUGUGGUCCAUGCCCCCAGAUGCCACUGCAGCUACUAAUGCAAUGUGUCAGCCGUUGUUUAAAACAAGGAAAGAUGCCUUGUGUCUCCCCCACCUCCUCACUUUGUUUCUUUCUUGCAGUAGCAAAGUCGGUGCCAUCUCACUGAUGUUCCUGCCUCAUGCGUUGUGGUUCUGCUGCUGCCUGGGGAAGCCUCCUAACCACUCUCUUACUUUCUACCAUCCAGCUGGUUGCAUCUAUGAGUUAGUUUGGGUGAUCGGCUGUCGCAGAUAUUAGACACACGAGUCCCGUCCAUCAUCUUCGCUCCAACUUGUACAGAAGAGUUUCAUUUUAAGGAAGUGAUCACUUCCUGUUUCUAAAAUAGCCUGAGAUCUUACUACUGCUUUUUUUUUUUACACCAGUCUUCUGUUUUGGUCAUUUUUGAUGAUUCUUGUUUACUAGGAGUUGGUUUAAAUUCUGGACUCAUGUACUUGUAUAUUUAUAUGGGCUAAAAUAGAAAAAAAAAAUUUACAUUGUGGUCUGCAGUAGCACAAAACAUAUAGUAGGGACUAAAAAUAUUUCUGUUGAAACUGAGAGACUAAAAAUCGUGGACUACAGGUCUUUCAAAKUCACGCCCCCAUUUUAUUCCUCAUUUCUCCUUAUUAAACUAAAAUUAGCGCUAGUGUACAAUUGCUGCCUCCACCUGUAGGCGUCAUUCUGGGACUGUGCCUGCUUGUAGUUUGUCCAUAGUAGCAUUGUGCAAUGUUUUGCAGUGUUACUCUCUGAUAUGAGUAUCUGCAAGGACAAUUGUGCAGUCUCCUAAGGAACACAUCAACAACCACCUCUCCAUUCAAUAUACGUCGUGGCCUUUUGUAAAUCUUGUGUGGUCCAUCUCUGAUGAAACAGGGGUUAUUUAGUUAUGUCACUUGAUGGUUUCAGUUUAUGCAAUUAUCCUUUUCCAUCGUGUCACUGUAGCUGGACCGCUGCGAGGUUUGCACAGCUUUUAAAGAAAAAAAAAGAUGGUGGUAGUGAGUGGGGGUGGUGCAAUACAUGAGGUCUUUCAUGUUAAUGGAAUCCUAAUUAUUUGACACCUUGUUUAGAAAAGUGCUUUAGACACAUUCGUGUGUCCCUUUUGUUCUAACUUUGCCUGGGCUGGCUGGUGACUGAUUUCAUAUAUAAACUUAGUAACAUGCACAUUAGUGUGUGUGCAUGUUUGAACACACAUUUGCACAAUAAAAACACACGUCGACUUCUCCCUCCUAUCUGCACAUUUAAUUUUUUUCCCCAACUUUAACACCUUUGUAGAUCAGCUACAGUCUGUUACCUUUUCUGCACCAAUGUCAAGCUCUUACAUGUUUUCCUUGUCCCCUUUAGAAAUUGUUACACACAAACACACACACACACACACACACACAAUUUACAUAGAAUACUUCUAGACAAUAUCUUUUUGUACUGAUCUGUCUUACUCAUGCCUUGCACUAAUAAUGCUCAUGAAUUUAUGUUGUCAUAAUCUCAGUGUUAUAAAUAUAUACAUAAUAUAAAUAUAUAAAUAAUAUACUGUAAAUAUGGUGUUGCAGUGUAGUCUUUUUUAUUUUCCUAGUGACAGGACUAAUGCUUGCUAAGGAGUUGUCUAGAUAAUCAUUAAGAAGGAAAAGAAAUGUACAGUUAGCAAGAAAACCAGCCACAAUCUGGGUUUGAAGUUUUGUUGCUGUCUCCUUUUUCACGAACGGUUAAAUUAUAAUCAGUGGUGGUCUUUAUAAAUAUAUGUAGUGUUAUUAACAACAAAAUUACAUCACAUUUAUUCAGAUGUCUGUCUUGUACCCUUUCUCAGAAAAGAAAAAUGAUAUACCCCAACAUUGGUUUCUUGUUUUAUUUUAUUUUAUUAUUUUUUGUUUGUUUGUUUCCAAAUAAAGUUUUUGUUGCCUUAUUUUAUUUCCAGAGCUACUGGUGGCAAAAGUUCCAGAGGAGCGGGUUAAAAUUAAAAUUUGCUUGUCUGCUUUUUCCAAACUUUUAGCAUUGUAACAGUAAUGCAGGAAACCUGUAAAAUAAAUAGCACAAUAUGAAUAUACAUUUUAAAAAUCAAUUAAUUGUAAGCACUUUGCAUAAGUGCACAUUUAAAUGCAGCCUUACAGUACUAUCAUAAUAAAUUUAAACAUUUAUUAUAAUCAGGCAGUUUGUGUGGGCAUGUAUUAAGUGGUAUUUUUUAUUUAAGUUGUCUUAAAAAAGUAAAAUGGUUUAGAAUUUAGGGAACUGCCAAACAUUUUUGUACAUUUGACCUUGAAUUUUUGCUCCAAUUGGCUGGAUUUUGUGACCCCUUGAGUUGCAGAUGAGGCUGGCCUGGUCCCUUUGGCGCCCCCUGGUGGARGAAAAUGGCGCCGCAGCCUGGAAUUGAAAAUAAGGAUGAGCGCCAUGUCUGAUCCUCCGCUUGUGGAAUAGAAGCGGACGGCGGAGCGAUCGUUUCCCCGGGGCCUGUGCUCCCCUUCGGGUUUCGGGGUGACUUCCAUGGCUGACACCGCAGGGAUCCAGCAAGGUUCGCCGGCCAUCGGAGCCGCGGGCCUGGUUCCGGCCGCUCCCGGAGCAGGGGGGACAGAAGGUUCCGGCGCCGCUGGAGGAUCCGCACGUAUCGCCGCGAAGAAGGCGCAACUCCGCUCGUCACCGCGGCCGAAGAAACUGGAAAAACUCGGAGUGUAUUCAUCCUGCAAAGCUGAAGGACCCUGUAAGUGUAAUGGAUGGAAAAGUCAGAACCCCCCUCCCACACCCCCUCAAACAGACCAGCAGUCCAGCACAGUUAACCUGCAGGAGCCCUGUCGGAGCUGCUCACACACUUUGGGCGAUCACGUGACCCACCUUGAAAAUGUUGCAGAGGAGGAAAUGAACCGACUUUUAGGAAUUGUCCUGGAUGUGGAGUAUCUGUACACGUGUGUUCACAAAGAAGAGGACGCUGACACAAAACAAGUCUACUUUUCACUUUUUAAACUGUUGAGAAAAUCCAUCCUUCAGAUGGGCAAACCAAUGUUAGAAGCACAAGAGAGUCCUCCAUUUGAAAAACCCAGCAUCGAGCAGGGAGUGAACAAUUUUGUCCAGUAUAAAUUCAGCCAUCUCCCAUCAAAGGAACGUCAAACCAUCAUGGAGCUGGCUAAGAUGUUUCUGAACCAGAUCAACUACUGGCAGCUGGAAACGCCCUCCCAGCGACGCCAAAGGGUGCCUAAUGAUGACGCGGCUGGCUACAAAGCCAACUACACACGAUGGCUGUGCUACUGCAACGUGCCUCAGUUCUGCGACAGCCUGCCCCGCUACGAGACCACUCAGAUCUUCGGCCGGACCCUGCUGCGUUCUGUGUUCACUGUGAUGAGGAAGCAGCUGCUGGAGCAGGCCCGACAGGAAAAGGACAAGCUCCCCCCUGAGAAACGCACACUCAUUCUCACACACUUUCCAAAGUUCUUGUCCAUGCUGGAGGAGGAGGUGUACAGUCAUAGCUCUCCUAUCUGGAGCCAAGACUUCUUGGCAGGAGCUGCAGGAGGGCAGAUACCCAUUCACACAGUGAUUAGUGCUCCUCCAGUGUCCAGGCCCAUAUACUACAGCACCAGUCCUGUGUCAGUGGACCCGUCCACCUGCGGCAGCGUCAGUCCCGCCAGGAAACCUGCCUCCGUCCUGGAGUCAAACUCAGUUGGAGAAAAGCGUAAAGCAUCAGAACCUCUUCAUCACGAAGAGAACAAGAGACCCAGGGUGCUGGGUGACAUCCCCAUGGACCUCAUCAACGAAGUCAUGGCAACCAUCACUGACCCCGCUGCCAUUCCAGAGACCAGUCUGCUGUCGGCUCACUCUGCUCGUGACGAAGCAGCCCGCCUCGAGGAGCGGAGAGGAGUGAUCGAGUUCCACGUCAUCGGGAACUCCCUCAACCAGAAGCCCAACAAGAGGAUCUUGAUGUGGCUCGUCGGCCUUCAGAACGUCUUCUCCCACCAGCUUCCACGCAUGCCCAAGGAGUACAUCACCCGGCUGGUCUUUGACCCAAAACACAAGACCCUSUCGUUGAUCAAGGACGGGAGAGUUAUCGGAGGAAUCUGCUUCAGGAUGUUUCCAUCGCAGGGGUUCACAGAGAUCGUCUUUUGUGCCGUCACAUCAAACGAACAGGUCAAGGGUUAUGGAACCCAUCUGAUGAACCACCUGAAGGAAUAUCACAUAAAGCAUGAAAUACUCAACUUUCUUACUUAUGCUGAUGAAUAUGCAAUCGGUUACUUCAAGAAACAGGGUUUCUCAAAGGACAUCAAAGUUCCCAAAGCAAAGUACGUGGGCUACAUCAAAGACUAUGAAGGAGCCACGCUCAUGGGCUGUGARCUCAACCCCAGCAUCCCUUACACAGAGUUCUCUGUUAUCAUCAAGAAGCAGAAGGAGAUCAUCAAGAAGCUGAUCGAAAGGAAGCAAGCUCAGAUCCGAAAGGUCUACCCGGGCCUGUCCUGUUUUAAGGAUGGAGUCCGGCAGAUUCCCAUCGAGAGCAUUCCUGGCAUUCGUGAGACCGGCUGGAAGCCAGCAGGCAAAGGGAAAGAACUGAAGGACCCGGACCAGCUGUACAGCACUCUAAAAAAUAUUCUUCAGCAUGUGAAGAGUCACCAGAAUGCCUGGCCUUUCAUGGAGCCUGUGAAGAAAACAGAAGCUCCUGGUUACUACCAAGUCAUUCGUUUCCCUAUGGAUCUGAAGACGAUGAGCGAGCGUCUGAAGAGCAGGUACUACACCACGCGCAAGCUGUUCAUGGCCGACAUGCAGCGCAUCUUCACCAACUGCCGCGAAUACAACCCUCCRGAAAGCGAGUACUACAAGUGUGCCAACAUACUGGAGAAGUUCUUCUACACCAAGAUCAAAGAAGCGGGGCUCAUUGAGAAAUAGAGGGAAGAGGUUUUUUUUUUUUUCCCCCUUCAGGGCUGAAAGGGAUGAGGUCAGAGGUGAAGUAAACGAGAAGAAAAAGCCUACUGACCGCGGAAUGGGAAGGUUUCACAAGCAUGUUGCAAACGUGUCUUAAAAUCAGCUCUGUUGCGUUUGAUGCCGGCGCAGAUCUGGAAUCAGAAUUUCAGAUAUUUACUUGGUAAAAGCGACCAAGAAGGCCUGAUUAAACACAAGCAUUGUGUGUUUGUAUUUCAACACUUAUCCCAGAGGGAGGAUCAACACAGGGUGUCAGACAUUUGAAACGUCAAGACAGGUUUUCUGAUUAGGUGCUGAAGGCAUCGAGAACGACGGCUGGUUGAAUAUUUAUCUUGUUUGACUAUGUGUCCUUGGCUGUUUUUUCCUGUUAACUGGAGCGGGGCUGUCACAUGAAGUUUUUUUAAGUGUUACCUAUGAGGAAAAGGAGUGUUUUUCCAACUCUUUGCUUUGAUGAGCAUGUAAAGCACCAGUAGGGUGAAAGUUUGUCUGUGAUGAGUUCGUCCUGCCAAAAGAGGAAUACAAAUUUUAAAUUUGUACAUAUUUUAAUAAUUUUCAAAGCACUUAUGCCAAUUGUAUAUUUUUAAUAUCUACAUUUUCUUUUUCUUUACGCCACAAACAGCAGCUUGACUAUCCAAAUGCACUUUUAGUUAAAAAUGUAGCCUCUUCUCAUUUCUAAAAAUGAAUUACACUGUCGACUAAAAACUAAUUUAAUUAUCUAGAGUCUAUUCUUAUUUAUGUGCCGUUUCAGAAGAGUAAUGCUUAGGACAAAAGUCUUAAUUUAUUGUCUUAUUUUUGUCCUGCAGAUGGAGAUUGAUAACUUUAUACUUUGGAGAAAAACAAAAAUUGUGCAAUACUUUGUAGUUUUGCUGUUUUGUAAAAAAAAAAGUGUUUGUACUUUCCAAACUUUAGGGGAAAAAAAACAAUCUUUUGUAAUAUGUCUGUAAAAAUGAUCUUGAGCUCUUUGUACAAUCGUUUCAUUGACGUAGAUUUAGCCUAUUUUAUAGACUGAAUAAAACAAAUGCAAGGCUAA